AUGUCAUCAUCUUCUUCGCCAUUUAUACCCAUGAUUACUAAUGAAAGUCAACUUUUUGCAUUACGUCAAAAAUUAUCCACUCAACCGACGGCUAAACAAACGCAACUUGCUACGAGUGCAGCUGCUGUUCAUCUUAUACAAAAUACUCAAAUUGUUACACAAAGAAAUACAAACAGCAUGGAGGCAACAGUAAAACGAAAUAAUAAUAAAUUCAAAAACAAUCUCUUUGUACAUGUUACACACGAGGCAAGACUCAAAGGUUUAGCACGAGAAAUACAUAUGAUACACGAUAGUUUCUUCAAGGAUACAAGUUAUGCGGAUAUUAGAUUAGUUGUCGGCCAUCGAAUCGAUCCAAAUGUAGAGUUCGAACUUUCACGAAAACGUCCAUCUUUAUCAUUAUUGAAAGGCCCAUUAGAAAAAAAACCAAAACGAAAUUAA